AGAAAUUCUGUGAUUGUGGAAAACUCGCGAGAGCCCAUAGGGAGUAACGUCACUUCAUCAUGGCAGGCAAUAAGUUGGCAUUAGAGGGAAAAAUAAGUAUAAUAAGCUUUCUUUUAGGGCUUGGUGUUGUUAUAAUUCCCCUUAUUAGAACAUUCGCUGGACAUCUUGACUGGGUAUUCGACUAUCUCACUGGAGUGAGGGGUAAAAUAGCUAUUGCGGUGUACAUCGCUGUUCUCAAUGGCUUCUUGCUAAUCAUAUAUAAGGGACCUCUAUAUAAGGUUGCUGUGCGAGCCUGCUUCCUUGGUUUUACUUUUGGGUGUGGCUUGAUCAUAAGCUUUUCUCAAACUACAUGGACACACUUUGGCUGGUACAUGUGUUCCAUGUCUUUCUUCCACUACUCUGAGUACUUGGUGACGGCCAUCAUUAACCCCCGCAGCCUGUCUCUGGACUCGUUCCUGCUCAACCACAGUGUGGAGUACACCGUGGCUGCUGUCUCCUCAUGGGUGGAGUUCACUAUAGAGAAGCUCUCUGUCCCAGAGCUGAAGCAGCUGAGCUGGCUCAGCCUGGUGGGCCUGUUGAUGGUGCUGUGUGGGGACUUCCUUCGUAAGUCUGCCAUGCUGACGGCUGGCUCUAACUUUAACCACAUCGUCCAGAACGAGAAGGCUCAGAGCCACGUGCUGGUCACCGAUGGGGUCUACGCCUUCUUCAGACACCCGUCCUACGUGGGCUGGUUCUACUGGAGCAUUGGCACACAGGUGAUGCUGUGCAACCCUGUCUGCAUCGCGGGCUAUACCAUGGCCAGCUGGCGCUUCUUCCGUGAACGGAUUGAGGAGGAGGAGGUCUCUCUCCUCCAUUUCUUUGGAGAGGACUACCUGGAAUACAAGAAGAAGGUGGGCACCGGCCUGCCCUUUAUUUCAGGCAUCCGCAUCAACAGCUCCUAGGUGUGAGAGAUGGGGUCCUGGAUGUAUGAACAUGGCAGACAGGCACUGUGAGGGGCAGCCCCUGUCAGCAUACUGUGGAUUAGCACUUGUGGUCGCCCGCCCUGGGGGGGGGGGGGUCUAGAGCUCACGGACUGACACCUAUGAGCGUGGUAAAGGGCUCCCCAAAAACCUGGGUAGACGGACUCACUCAAAAAUAAACGACACCCCCCAAUGUUGUAUAUCUAUUGCACACAUCCAACCGCCUCUUUGGUUUGACUACUAGAGAUGUUUUUUUUUCAUCUUCAUCUCCAAUGUCUCCCUUUUCUGUGUUUUCCAUAGGGAGGAGUUGAGUUUCUUCAGUGGAUGCUGAAUGGAUUUUUAGCUUGUGUUACUGAAUCAAAGUGCUGUAAUGAGCCUGGUUGAGUGUCUGCUAUUCCUUGUUUGUCUGGCUUAUCACUAAGUCAUCAUUAUUAGGUCUCAGCGUUUACAACAAUAGUUUUACACAAGAUUAGGGAUGCACAAUUUCAUCUGCCCCCGUACAUAUUCUUUCCCAGUAGGUAAAUCUGCGCUAAGAAGCAUUUAUUUCUGUUUGGCUGUUGUACAUUUACAAAAAUUUCCUAAAAUGGUGGCAAAGUGGUUGCUUGAAACAUGGUCUUUGCCCCAUAAGUUAAUGAACUUUUCAUAAAUUAUAAAAUGCCUUUUGAUGGUAAUCAAAUGUCAAAAUAUGCCAUGAGAAAAUAUUGGUUAUAGGUUACAGCCCAGAAUUUCUAUACUGAUGCAUCCUUACCCAAAAUGAUGAAUUUACCGGUUCAGGGAACAAAACUGUAAAAUAACAUUUUUAAUGAACAGAAACUGAAUCGGGAACAAAAGCGAUCCAUACUGUUCCGGAACAGAACCAUUAUUUUAAAAGCAUGCAAACCGGUUAAUAAGAUUAUUUUACGUUCUAGACAUUUUUUUUCUAGUCCCACAAAAGAAACGCAACAAAGCGCAUGUGCAAAGCCCUCACUCUGUCACUCAAACUUAUUCCAGUGUCUGCCUGCAAACUGAAAAUCUUUGCCUGUGCAUGUUUAGGCUACCUGCCCCUCCCCCAUCUGAAGCAUAGGCUACUGUACUGACCUUAGAAGUGUGAGAAGAUAGGGAGAGAUCUUUUUAAUUAGCUAGAGAAGCGUGGAUUAACUUUUUUAAUGCUAGUUAAGGAUACUAUAGGCCUAGUUGAGUUUCAGAUUGGAUUUAUUAACUACAAAAAAGUAAGAUGUGUGUUUAAUUCUGGUGCUGCUCUUCACACACAAGCUUGUUAGCUAGCUAUCUCAAAGGACAUUCAAAGCCUCUCCUAGGUAUAAUUCUGUGAACCUAAUUCAGAUAAUGCAUGUCUUAGAGGGCCAGCGCUUCAAGCCUGCUCCUCAAACCUCUCGCUCUCUCCCCACCCGUAAAAUUUCAGUAGCAUCUUGCGCCAUAGCCUACACUGGUCUGUCCAUCAGGCAUGUAAACAACUAGCACGCAUGUAAACAACUAGCACGCAUGUAAACAACUAGCUUGCCUGCUCUAUCCGCACUGAUUGCUGAAGUCAUUUUAAUAAGCUAAAUGGUCAAAAUAAAAACAUAUUUUUAAAAAUUAAAAUGGUUUCACAGGUUUCAAACCGGUUCAGAACUUUAUUUUGCUGAUCGGAAUAGAAUGAAAAAAAAAAAAUGUGUUUUUUGUUGAGAAAAUAACUUUGGUUCCAACCCCUGAUUUUAAAUUCACAUAUCCCAUGUCCACUCAGGAUCAAAAGGCUGUACAAUCAGAAAUCUUUUGCUAAUUUGACAACCUGAGCAAGUUGCAGCCUGGUUCUCGGAUUUCUCCAAUCGGUACGGCGUAAUCAGAAAUCUACUUCGUAAGUAAUUUAAAACGUAAUGAAUACUGACAAUCCGUUCACUGUUCUAUUCCAGUCUGCUGUAAGCCUUAAAAUGUCCCCUGGGUGUAGACUAUGAAUCAGGGGUGUUGUUCCUCCAUAGGGUUUUAGUAAUAGGGGCACUCACUAAUAGUCAUCUUUAAAAUGCAAUCGCUCUCACACGGUCUCUCUCUACCCCCACUUGAUCAUCACUCCAUCUAUUAUUUAUUUGUUCUGUGCACUUGUCACCUCAUGCUCACUGUGUAUUAAAACCAACCAAAAGAUGCAUUCCUAUGGCUAAGGGGUUCAGAGAGCUACACCCAACAUGGCUUCCUUCUGAACUACCGCAGCUUGUCUCAGGUGAAAGGUCGCCUCUGCCCUCCACUCUGUAUGCCCAGACUGUAUGGAGUGCAAGAGGAGUAUGUCUGAGUGAAAGAGAAUGUGAAAUUAGAACAGUCAAAAGCACUAACUGUUGUGCAAGAUGAGUGUGUGUGAGUUAGUUUCUGAAAUGAGGACAGUCUAGAGCACUGUAAAAGUGAUGUGUUACAUGAAUCAAGAUGAGAUUCUGUAGAUUAAUUAAUAUAAGAGCACAUUCAGUUGGCUGCAGACGUAUGAUAGUUUGCUGCUCCAAGCAUGAUACAGCUGAGCUGAAUGUGGAAAAAGCCAGUUGUGUUGCACUACAGUAUAACAAUACUACAGUUUAUUACAGGUAAAUUAAAAAUGUAUCAUGCAGAGGGUGUACUUAUCUAACUCUUGGUUGAUAACUUUUUUUCACUUUACUGACAUUUUCUGAAUUGAAUGAACACCAUUGUCCUGUCAAAUAAAAUCAAAAGUUUAUCCUAAGAAAA